AUGUUUUUGUUUGGUUUUUUUACUAUGCACUUUUAUUUUGAAAUGUGUAACUCGGAAGUUGUAGGUGUUGGCAUGGCAACAGAACGGGGAAACUUUGUAAGUUCUGGUAAAGCUUGUCAGUACUCACCGCCGCACUCUCUGGCAAUGGUCGACGUAACUGCAAAGCUGAGCAGUUUAUCUUUUGAGUCUGGACUCAGUGAAGAGGAGAAAAAGUUACUUCACCUCCGAGCACGCGCGGCAGGACUGACGUUUUGCGGGUGCGCGCACGCUCCUUACCUGUGCAAGGUCAUGCGCUCACUGAGGUUGCGUCACACUGUGGCACCAGCAGAGGGCGCUGUCGUCUGUGUGGGGAUACGCGGAGCUGGACAACUGGGAAAACAGCUGCUUCUCUCCCUCUUGGAAACUACUGGCAUUAAACCAUCACACAUUAAGGUCUCCACCAGAACACCCGAGUCCGCAGUGAAAUGUUCCCAGACUGGUGUGGAGUGUUUCUUUGACAAUGGCAGACUGGCAGCGUGGGCAGACGUUGUGUUCCUCUGCUGUCUGCCCUCUCACCUGCACACAGUCUGUGCUGACCUCCUCACUCGUCUGUCAAAACACUGUCUCAUCUACAGCUUCAUCUCUGCUGUGCCUGUCACCAGGUGGGAUUUCUCUGAGUGUGAACUGGGUGUGUGCAGUGCUGUACAGCACCUCUGCCGGUCUGAGAUCCAGUGAAGCCCUCUCACUCAUCAACAGCCUCUUCAAUGAAAACUCAGCGGACACUGUGCAAUUAAAUGCACAAAGUUUUAUCAGUUCAUCUGCUGCGUCUUCCCUUCUUGGAGAUGAGUGAGUACAGUUGUGAACAAGAAUACUGCACACCCUUAUCAAAGUUUAAAUUGCUUUUCCCCCCUCUCUCAAAGGCCUUUUCCCUGGUUUUCUCUCACUGAUUCUCAGACCAAAGAGACACCACUGCUGAGGUUCCUAUCAAGCAAUAAAAGUAUGCAGCAGUGCAUCCCUGCAGUGCAUAAAUCACUGAUGGUGACACCAC